UGCAGGAAAGCCAUCUUGAGAUCAGGCCUACAGCACCUAGCUCCAGAACAGGCACCCAGUACCAUCCUGAAGAAUGGACCUACCAGAGAGAUGCGGACCAGCCCUGACUGGACUGAAAAUGCUAUAAAUGGUGACCAUGUUUGGCUGGAGACGAAUGUCUCUGGAGAUUACUGCUACCUUGGAGAAGAGAACUGUUUAGUAAAGAUAACGAAAUCAGCUCCAAGGAGAAAGUGUGCUGCUUGCAAAAUAAUUGUGCACACGGUUUGUGUAGAACAGCUGGAAAAGAUCAGUUUCCAUUGCAAGCCAACCUAUCGGGAGGGAGGUAGCCGUUCUCUCAGAGAACAGAAUUUUGUGAGACAUCACUGGGUUCACAGACGGCGUCAGGAAGGAAAAUGCAAGCAAUGCGGGAAGGGUUUCCAACAAAAGUUUUCAUUCCACACUAAGGAAAUCAUCGCCAUCAGCUGUUCCUGGUGCAAGCAGGCAUUUCACAAUAAAGUGACAUGUUUCAUGUUGCAUCACAUCGAAGAACCGUGUUCGCUAGGUGUGCACGCUGCAGUCAUUAUACCCCCAACAUGGAUUAUAAAGGUGAAAAAACCACAGAACUCCUUCAAGUCUUCAAGUAGAAGGAAAAAGAGGACAUCAUUGAAGAGAAAAACCAGCAGGAAAGGAGCGGACGAGAGCAAAUGGAAGCCAUUUAUAAUCAAGCCUAUCUCAUCACCCUUGAUGAAACCACUUCUGGUGUUUGUAAAUCCAAAGAGUGGCGGAAACCAGGGGACCAAGGUGCUCCAGAUGUUCAUGUGGUGGCUAAACCCACGGCAAGUCUUUGACCUCUCACGUGGAGGGCCAAGAGAAGCCUUGGAGCUGUAUCGAAAGGUCGCAAACCUCCGGAUCCUGGCCUGUGGUGGAGAUGGAACGGUGGGCUGGAUUCUUUCCCUGUUGGAUGAACUACAACUGAAUCCCCAGCCUCCAGUCGCAGUGCUUCCACUUGGUACAGGAAACGACCUGGCUCGUACCCUCAACUGGGGAGGGGGGUACACAGAUGAACCAGUCUCAAAGAUUCUCUGCCAUGUAGAGGAGGGUAAUAUAGUCCAACUCGACCGCUGGAACAUCCACCUUCAGAAUAACCUCCAGCUCAACCAAGAUGAUGCUGAAGAAGGCACUCAGAAGCUCCCACUUACUGUGUUUAACAACUACUUCAGUCUGGGUUUUGAUGCCCAUGUGACACUGGAAUUCCAUGAAUCUCGGGAAGCAAAUCCAGAACGAUUUAACAGUCGAUUUAGGAAUAAGAUGUUUUACGCAGGGGCAGCUUUUUCCGACUUUCUGCAGAGAAGCUCUCGAGAUUUAUCCAAACAUGUUAGAGUGGUGUGUGAUGGUACUGAUUUGACACCCAGAAUCCAGGAUCUGAAAUUCCAGUGUAUUGUCUUCCUCAACAUUCCCAGAUAUUGUGCAGGCACAAUGCCUUGGGGUAACCCCGGAGAUCAUCGAGACUUUGAACCACAGCGGCAUGAUGAUGGAUGCAUUGAGGUCAUUGGCUUUACUAUGGCAUCUCUGGCUGCACUGCAAGUUGGGGGACAUGGUGAGCGGCUCCAUCAGUGCCGAGAGGUAAUUCUCACCACUUACAAGACAAUCCCCAUGCAGGUGGAUGGGGAGCCAUGCCGCUUAAGCCCAUCUGUCAUCCGGAUCUCACUAAGGAACCAGGCCAACAUGGUGCAAAAAUGCAAGCGGAGAACCUCCAUGCCACUACUGAAUGAUAUCCACAAGGUGCAGCAUGCUGAUCACAGACGGGUCUCUGCUCCUCCUGAUAGCUUCACUCUCCCUCACACUGUCCCUGGUCGGCUGAGGAUCCGGGUGAACAGGAUCAGCCUCCAAGACUACGAAAAUCCACAAUACAAUAAGGAGCGACUACAAGAGAUCUCAAUCCCACUGGGAAUUAUUGUCAUUCACGGAGAUUGUGACCUAGAGACUUGUCGCAGGUAUAUCGACCGACUACAGGAGGACUUUUACCCAUCAACACCCGAUGGACACCGAAUUCAUUACCAGGACAGCGACUCUUCCCAACGCCGGAUGUUGUCUUCGCAGAAUCUUUCUUCCAAAUGGUGCUUCCUCGACUCAACUUCUCUGGACCGCUUCUACCGUAUUGACAGAGCUCAGGAGCAUCUCCACUUUGUAACAGAAGUGGCUCAAGAUGAACUUUUUAUUCUGGAUCCAGAGAUAGUUGCCAUACAGAAAACUGGAACAGCCCCUGGAAUGCCAGACCUGGUGGUGGAUCCACCUCAAGGCUGUGUGCAUCCCCGUGGUGGCGGCAAACUGUUGGACCUUCACAGGGCUGAGGUAACUGUCCAGCUCCACGUUGUCUUCGUGUCGGGCCCGUGGUCCGCACUGACCAGUUCUCCGUCUGACAGCAGGGCUGUCAUAGGACCACUGCUCCCAGAUACCUGGAGCUGUGGGCCGUUCAUAGAGUCCUGCAGUAAGGGAGUGAGUCUGCUGGUGAGCAGCACUGAAGGAUACUCGGUGUUACACUACGCCGCAAAGAAUGGUCAUAAGGAACUUGUAAAGUACAUCAUUGAACAUGGGCCUCCUGAUCUAUUAGAUGUAGCAGAAAUCAAAACGGGCGAAACAGCACUACACAAAGCAGCAUUCCAUCGAUAUCACACAAUUUGUCGUUUUUUAAUUGAUGCUGGGGCCUCGCUGAUGCAGACUGAUUUUGAGGGCAACACUCCACGACACAAAGCACAGGAGGCUGGUGACCUGGAGCUAGCUGCCUACCUGGAGAACCGGCAGCACUACCAGAUGAUGGCACGUGAGGACCUGGAGACAGCUGUUUGA